UCUUCUUCUUCUUUCUAUUUUUUGUUCCAUCCAACGCGAGUCCCCAUAUCACAUCCAAAUCUUAUCUUCACCUCCCUUUCGUCUCCCAUCCCAUCCACCCACCACCACCACCACCAUGUAUCCCCCCAAACCAGAGUCCACUUAUCCUCCGGCGACGGCAACAGGCGUCCCUGUAAGCUCCGCCGAUCAAUACUACGCCCCGUCCGGCCCUGCCGCCUUCCAAGUCUAUUCUCAGGCACCCGGUCCAUGGUCCACCGGCCUCUGCGAAUGCUUCGACGACUGCAGCAACUGCUUAAUCACUUGCUUCUGCCCAUGCAUCACUUUUGGCCAGAUCGCGGAGAUUGUCGAUAAAGGAUCCACCUCGUGUGGUGCGAGUGGAGCGCUUUAUGCGUUAAUAAUGUGGGUGACGGGUUGCGGUUGCUUGUAUUCGUGCUUCUAUCGAUCCAAGCUGAGGGCGCAGUACUCGCUGCAGGAGAGCCCUUGCAACGACUGCCUCGUUCACUGCUGCUGCGAGACGUGCGCCCUCUGCCAGGAGUACCGUGAGCUCAAGCGCCGUGGCUUUGACAUGGUCAUUGGGUGGCACGCGAACAUGGAGAAACGGGGGCAUGGGCAGGGGGCGACCGUACCGCCAGGGAUUCAAGGGGGAAUGAGCCGUUGAUGGUUCCAAGUUUAUCGGAUGUCUCUCAAGAGCUAGAGGUUAAUCGAAUACUUCAAUAAGGAGGCAUGUACUUUAUUGCCUUCUAUAGCUUAGUGUAUCAUGGGUUGCUGUAUUCGAUUAUGAAUAAGCUAGAGGACUGGGUGCUCCUGGGGUUCGGUUGUUGAUGUUAGUAGCUAGAACUUGUACAAGUUCAUCUGCUAUUUCCAGGGAAUUUUGGAUUCGAAAUAAAUAUGAAUGCAUAAUUUCUAUAUGUAUCAUCUCA